AUGUUAUCAGUUGCGCUGUGCGUUCUCCUUUUAAAUUCAUUCUCAGUAGUGCAGUCUUCCUCAGCUAAUCUGGCUGAAGAACUUUCGUUCUUUUCUCCACUUGACGAAGGCCAAAAUGUCAAGCUGUACUGGAACGUAGACACUGCAAAAAAGGAAAUUUUCUUCACUGUUGAGGCGAAGACGACGGGAUGGGUAGGAUUUGGCAUCUCCAGCGGUCAAGGCAAAAUGGAGGGAGCAGAUAUUGUAAUAGGAUGGGUCAAAGACGGACAAACGUACUUCAAGGCAAGUACUAGUAAUCUAACGAUGAAAGCCGCAUGAAUGCCGCGUGCAUCCAUCUCACUUACUCCCAUGAUGAUGUAAUCAUUUGGAACUGAACGAAUGCUAAAUAACUUGCCUUGCCCUUUUACAAUUGAAAUUGUGCGCCAGUUGCUUGACUAGUGAGAAAAAGAAAGACCACUCUCUAUCACAAUUGGCAUACAAGCUCCAUUUGGCCAUUACAGUGUUCGGUGUGACCCCUCCGAUUCGAACUCAUGGAGGGGUAUGAUGUAAUUAAAACUGACUAGCCCACUAUAAAGUAGCUGCUAAGCACCAGAAUAUGCUGGUGUUUGAGUUUUGCGUGGUUUGAAUCCCUUUCAUUACGUAACUAUAUUGCCGUGACUUAAAUCUUAAACCAUGAAACAAAUUUAAAAAUAGUCAUGGCUAAGCCUUGCAAAAACAAAAGAAAUAGUUGUAUAGUGGCUAUAUGUUUUGCUUAUUUCUACAAUUACGUAACAGCAACACAUCUGAGAUCGUACAGUGCACGCACAUAACUACCAGUAAGUUUUUGGUGCCGUAUUGGUUCACUUGUACUUUCUAGAGGGGGUCUGUGAGUUAAUCCGCUGAUGGAUGGAACCAAGUCAGUUUAAAAGAAGUUCACGGACUGGAAGUCAGUGUUUUACAGUUACUCCCUCUUUUGUGGGUCAAUCGACUUAGAUCAGAGCGCUCAUACGAAUUCUUCUUUAAUCCAGUCUCAUUGUUACCAACCCCACCCCCCCAAAAAAAAUAUUAAAAAAACUGUUACACGCAAGCUAGAUUACCUCGAGACCAAAACUAUAAAUAAAAACGCAAUUCUUAGGCCACAUACAAAAAGCAACAGUAUUUCAAAAUGCAAGUGUUUUAUUUCAUUUUGUUUCCCAUAAAGAGCCAAAGAGCUAUAAUGAUUAGUUUUUGCCAUUAUUGUGACCUAACAUUCAUUACAUCUCUAUUACAUAAUCCGAAUCUUCAUGGAGUGGUGACUGGCUGUUUUCCGAGAGUGCAUGACCGCUUAACAGAGGUUAAACUGUAUGAUGUAUUAGAUUGCAUUGUAUUGAAACAUGAUUUUAUUAUCCACAGUCUGUCGAUUUGGAUUUCGAGAUGCAAUUUCGUAUAUUGUCAUUACGUUUCUUAAGUCAAGUUCACAUCUCCCGAAUUUCCGACGACUUCUGGUGACAUAACCUGUGUGACAGGCGUAUAAGAAUUAAAAGUGUAGUGCGUGAGAUAAGCGAAUUUGAGCCCUAACUGCUAAGCUAUCUCGAACAUUGCCGAAGAUUCCCGAACAUUUUCCGAUGAUUUCCGAAAGUUACCAAAUAACCGGUUGCAAAGCUCUUGGUCUAAAAGCGACCUUUUAGCUUGUUAUUCAGGACUAGACGCGACAUUUAGCGCUGUUCAGGGGACUAUUUAGGGUUGGAAUAUUGACCUCAAUUUUUUUACGUUUACAUAAUAGUUAAUGAAAAAGAAGUUCGGAAUUGUCUAUCAGGCGUGAGAAAUUAUCCUGUGUACGUUCCGGUCCGCAGGCGUGUGACUCAGGCAUUAUCUCAGCGUGUGACUUAGGCAGUUUUAUGAAUGAACUUUGCGUUCGUAUGUCUGAAAAAGCUUGUUGCACAUUACAGGAUCGACAUGCAGAUGGUCGCGUGAUGCCAAAUAUCGAUUCGCAGCAGGAUUACGAGCUGAUAUCUCUUAAGGAAGAUAAUGGAAAAACCACCAUGAAAUUUAAAAGAAAACUGGACACAUGUGAUCCUCAAGACAAUAAAAUUGAGGUGGGUACAUUGACAUGAGUGAACGUCUUUAAAAUAUCAAAAUUUAGUUGUAUCAACCAGGAGCCGUUCUGUAUCAACUUAACUUGCCCCCAUAAAGGUCGAAAUUAAAAAGCUUUUGGUAGCCUAAAUCUUUUCAGGGUAGCAAAUUUGCUUUAUCAACUCAUACAAUCAUAAGAUUAAAUUUUUUGCCGGUUUCAUUCUCCCAAAGAUGCAAAGUUUCCAGUGUGUCUGAAAGAAUUGAGGUGGAAAGGGAGACUGGGAACGAGGUAACCGAAGACUUAGCAAUAUGAUUUAUUGUGGAACAAACCCCUGUUAUCAUUUGUCGUAAAGCAUUGUCGAAUUUAGGCAUCUAGAUAGUGAAAAAGAAGGCGAAAAAAAUUUACGAUGUUGACGACUUAGUUUUUCAUCCUCCCAAAAAGUUUCUAUUCGCUGUCGCUCACAGUGGCUCUCAAACACUGUAGUCACUGUGUAGUGUUCAAAUGAAAUGGUGUUUGAGGCCUUGGUGACACUUUCAAUUUAACUUUCAGACAGGGACAACAAAAGUGAUCUACGCUUAUCACCCAGAAGAUCCAGCUUCAGAAAAUUCCAUUUUAAAGCACAGUGCAGGAAACCGAGGACAGAGGAGUGUUUAUCUCCUAAACAACGCAAAGAAUGAACCAACUCUACCAUCUGAUACCGAAACCUUUGAUAUAAGGCACAACAAGGUAAUACUUUAAGUGUUAUUUUUGAUUUCUUCGCUAAAAAUUCCUUAUAAAGCGAGCGUAAAAUUUUAGUUGAGACUGGGCAGAUACAUAAGGGUUUGCUUUGACGGUUAAUGGUUAAAUUUCAAGCAGUUUGAUGGUUGACGGUUGAUGCAAGUUCCUUACACAAAUGUGACUUAAUUUGCCAUGUUAUAUUGGAAAGACAAAUCACAAAAUUUUCAUGCUACACCUAAGCAUUUCUAUUUUGAGCAUACAUGGAAUGAAAGAUUUACUGAUUGAAUAAUGACCUCCUUUUUCUCUGGUUUCUAUAACGUUUUAAUAGCUCUGUGGAUACAUUUUUUGCAGCCACUGCCUAACGGUUACCCUAUGGCUUAUUUUGGUGCGUUAAUGUCACACGUAGUUUCACUGAAUAGUACUCGUAAACGUAUUUAAUGCCGAUAGUUAUAAGUAAGUUGAAAAGGUUAUCGUCGAGCACUGAUUUGCCUAGAUCUGGUCUAGGUUUAUUUAAUUCCUUUCCAACUUCACUGAAAAGCGGACUGAACGCUCACACACAUCGACAAUGGUAAAUCUAGGGGUGCCCUAUUUUGGGGUGUAUGUGGCUUAAACUGUUCGACAUUUCCUGUGAUUUCUUUUAUUAAGACCACCUUAACUUCUUGUUAUGGCGAGAUUUAAUUGUUAGCAAGAGAGGAUAAAGGGGCUAUCCUCUCUUGUUGUUAGGAAUUAGUUUUUACGGUGACACAGAGGUACAACGCGUAGGCGCACUUCAUACAGCAUCUAAAUUUUGCGCGUGUACGGGUAAAUGGUAAUUGAUCGAUUUCGUAAAGACGCGUAUGGGGCGCGUUUACGAUGAUGAAGAUGUUCGCGGUAUAACGAUGAAUAUCAUAUGUACCGACAAAAGUUACAAUAAAAUGUAUAGGACAGAAUCCCGAUAUAACGAUGAGAAUUUAUAAGCUUACCGAACGUAAAAUCUAUCCCGAUACAAUGAUAUUUUCAGUAAACAGUCACAAUUUAAGCAAAACAUUGAAUUUACUACAACAACGUUAAAGUAAUCGAGUAAUCCCAGACGUUCCUGUCAACUUACUUGGUCUACUUAUGCUGUACUUUGACUGUGAUAACAGAAACAUUAAUGAAACAAACACGACUUAAGAAGGACUGUUGCAACUAAAGUGUGUCAUGCGCAAUAACGCAUUAUUUUCUGGCCAGUCUCUUUUUAUUUCUUUUGUAGAAAAACAAUGAAAAAGUGAACUUGUCGAUAAGUAUACCGACGAUAAAACUCGCAACUUCAAAUGUUUAACUUUACUUUUGUUGUACUUGCACGAUUCCCAUGUACUGUGCAAACUUUGUAAACUUGUAGUGCUUUGCAAACUGUUUAAGGACACUGCUGCGUGCUUGAAAUGUUACAUUUGUGAAUAAUUUGAUAGCCAUUACAAAUUUAGUGAAAAAAAAAGACACCGUUAUGACGACGUCAUAAUGGGAUUUUAUGGGAAGGCAUUUGAUAAUGGUUUGCAGGCCAAGGCGGCAGGUUCCAAGCCUAUCUUAUUACCAGCCAAUCAGAAUUUAGGGCGUUCCGGACUAUAUAAUUCUUAGGGGCGCUUUUCCAUGUGCUCGCCCCCUUUCCAUCGCUCACCAUCACGUUGUUCACAUCACUGGUUUGAACCAAUUUUCAGCAUUUUCCACAAUCCUCCCCCUCCGCCUGCCUGCGAAUUAAUUCCUAGUGUGUUUCUCUUUCUUGUCUUAGUGGGUGACGGUUUUUCCCCCCACCUUUGCUGAAGAGAUAUUUAGUAUAUUAUAUAUUGGCAGAUCUUGAAGAUAAAGUUCGUCAUCUUUGGUGGCCAAAUUUUCUCCAACCAAAUCCGACCAAAUCCGACCAAAUCCAGAGACCUUGGUCACGCAAUGCAAGGUUUUCAGCGUCCUUCUUACCGAAAAAAUGGCUUGAUAUAAAAGUACUUUUUAGGUAUACCCCAAUAUAACGAUGUUUUCUGUUAUUUUACUGCCAUAUCGUUAUACCAGGAGUUUCGAUGUAACGAUUCCUCGAUAAAAGGAUACUAGUAUUAGUUGACACUACAGCUGCCCCCACUCUGUAUAUACUAUUCUUGCUCCUUGUAUAGCUCUUUGAAAUACUGAACGAUUCAUAAUGAAGAUGUUCACAUAUAUUCCAUACAAUAGGUAAGAUAAAUACAGGAAAUAAACGCACGGUUCCAUGCACAGUUUCGGUUCGAUUUAUACAGCUUUGAUCAAAACAAUCAUUCUCAGUUUCAAUAAUACUUUAUUCUAAAUCAUAAGAAAAGAUUUAAUUAGAAGUUUAAUUUUUCGCUAUUUCUAUUUCACUUUUUACAUUUAGUUCACGCUUGCGCAUUCUAGUCUUAUUUUAAACUUUAUAAGGCAAGGACAUCUGUGAGCAGGGAAUAAGUCAGCACAGAAUGUGAUGGUCGGCGAAUUUCUGUAAUCGUCCAUCGUUCUGCUAGUGAGAAGCUAGCUGUUGCAUCAUUCACUCGUCUUGCUUGUUUUGGGCCGAAUCUUAUUCUGGUCAAAGAGACAGAAAGAGUGUCUGGCAAGGUUCAGCCGAAGGUUUCCAAUCAAAGAUUUGUGAACUCUGUCUGGCAAACUCACUUAGUGUUAAAAUAUACACUGUUCUACGCACCUUAUAACUUCAUCUGCGCUAAACGAGUGUCUUUUGAUUCAUAACAUAACUUUCAUAACAACUGCUCCACAGAAUGUCACUGAUAACACGUGCAAUUAAUGUCACAAAAUCUACCUAUUGUAAGCUGUCCCUUCGGGAUUUUUUGUGUUUUACCUCAUCCUAACCAUUUCGUACUUGCGCGCGCAAACAAUAGAAACGUCAUCAUUACCUACCGAUUCCUCGUGGCCCCUUUUCAAGCAAAUCGAGAUUUUUUCUAUAUUGACUGUAUGACGGUAUAUUUCAACUGUAAGAAAUUUCCUUAAUAUACGCGAGUUAUUAGAGUGCCUCCUCGGAAGCAAUAAUUUUACUGCUCCCUUGGCAUACGGAUCGUUAAAUCGGGAUUGUGGUGGGCCGUGAGAGAGCCUGGUUCUAUCUCGUGUUUGUUUUGUCCUUGUUUUGUGUUUGUGUCCUGCUGUCCUUAUACCCCAGUGGUUGUACUUCGAGAGGUGCGCAGUGUAUUUGUACCGUACUCUAUAUAUCGGUGUCCGUUUAAUUUGGUGGUGGGACUCGAUCCCCCAUCGAAUUUGGCGUCUUGUUGAUCCCCGUGUGUGUCAUCUCAUUGUUGAGUGGGACCAAUCUGUACUGAAGCCACUCAUUCACCCUACUAAGUGGCUGCCGUUCACCUAAAACACACAGUGACAAAAAAAAAAAAAACCGUCAUUUAGAAGAAUACUUUCUCAAGUUGAGCGUGCUAAUAGUAUGAUCAUUGCGUGGCCUAUGUCUAGAAAUGAGUAAUUACCUGAAAAUCUCACUGCAAUGCUUGUCAAAACCCAGUCAACAGCCUAUUGGCUUCAGUAUUGUCACUGUUUAGUCUGGAGCAGAACAAGCUACCCGCAACAGAAUUCGUCUAGUGGACAACAUAAAAGACACUGUAUCUUUUAAAUUUUUAUUUUCAUUUUACGUUUUUAUCAAAAGCCACCCAGUAACAUUUUAAACCUAAGCAGCAAUACCACCAGUAUUUAACACUUGGUCUUCCUCAUCUGAUAACUUUUAUAAGAAAUCUAGGUUUUUCAGGAGUAGAAGCUAUCUGGAAUGACAUACCAGCAAUAUUAAGAGCGCUUCCAAACACUUUAAACGAAAUUCUACUCUUUCUUUGUUGACAUUCUAAAGACGCAUGAUGACUAUAUGAACCUUCCCAAUUUCUUCAGCUUUAAAAAUAUACAAAUAACUCUGGAGUUACUUGAUUCGAAUUUAUUUAAGUAUUGAAACUGAUGAUAACAAUACUUGCAUGGUGUAAGCAAUUAUAUGUAAAAUGUAAAAUUAAUUAACAGAACUUGGUGUAAGUAAUUAUGUCGAGGUGUCCUUUUUAUAAGUUUAGUUUACGUGACCAUUAACUUUUUAUUACUUUGGUAUUACGGACUGUUCCGCCUAGGUUAGCUAAUGCUACCAGCGGGUCGGUCCCUUGUUGUUGUUGUAUUUGCAAAUAUUAUGCUUAUAAUUAAAAAAGUUGAGUUUGAAUUCCUCGUGUACGUAAAUGCAACCAAUUCUAAGGUGCACAAGCAUGAGUUUCUGAGUUGAAAAAGCUACACAAUGUUUUUGAUCAUUUAUAUCUAUUUUUGUCUUUUAGACUGCCCUUCCCAGUGAUGCAACUAGCUACAUAUGUGGUGCUUUUGAAAUCCCUAAACUCAAUGAAACUCAUCAUGUCGUAAAGGUGAGAUCUAGAACAGAGUCGAACCAACUUGUAUCCAGUCUGUGGCUUAAUUCUGGCUUGCACGCUCUUUUCUUCUUUAUUUAAAUUUGACUACAAACGGCAAGGGAACUAACCUUUGGCUCAUUUUUAUAAACUUAGAUUGAACCUGUUAUCCAAGCAGGCCACGAGGGUGUCGUUCACCACAUAUUAGUGUACGAGUGCAGUGAUGAUUUUCCAAAGCACCUAUUGAACUAUACUGGUGUAUGCUAUGCUUCAAAUAUGCCUCCUCAAAUUAGAGAAUGUGCUGGCCUCUCAACCAUGAUUAUUGCUGGCUGGGGUAUAGGUGGACAAGUAAGUAGCUAUAAUGAUCUUGAUAAAUAAAGAAAGAUUGCAAAUUCUAAGCUCAGUACCGAUGCAGUCAUGGUCAUGAACAUGAACAUUAAGGGGAGAACUACUGCAUACAGGGCCCAGGUCUGUAGUCUCUUGAAAUGUGCAUCCCAUGUUAGAUGAGUGUUCAGUCGAUCUACUAUAUAAAAGAUUCUCUAUUCUAUUCAGAGUAUAAGGCUCUUUACAUGCGAUCUCGACGAGAAUAAAGCCGAAGAAAGCUAAGACAGGAUUUUAACAACCCCGUACUGCUCCAUUGUUACCGGUUGCGCAGUGAGAUGCGCACUAUCCAGUGUCCCCUAGACCUUAGGUUUUAUCUGCGACCUGGGACAUGUGUGAUCAGACGGUUACUCCAUUGAGUUUUCUACGCCAAGUUACGCAAUAACUGAGACAGUUACUCUACUAGAAGAAGUUUUAUUCACACAACAGGUCUUCAAAUCUAGAACAGUACACUCCACCGGACGAUGUCGUUAAAGUAACAGCUAAGCGAUUAGGCAUGGGAGUGCCCAUCAUCACAAGAGUUGGGAAAAUAACAAGGAUACUCUUAAUCAGAAUCUUUAUGUACCAGGAAGCUUAUAUUCUGAUAUUUACGUCAAAGCGGUUGUGCAAGUGAACUGUGAUCAUGAUUCAGCUAGUGAGAAUAAUUAUUUCUUUUAAUCGUCAGCAAAACGUUGGCAAAAAUAUUUAUAUCCGUUCUAUGACCUUAUGGUCACUGAUAACCAAUUUGGCCGAUGUGAUUAAAUAUGUUCGAGAAUAUUAUUAUUUCCUUUCCUCAGAUACACCUUGUUCGACUUGUUCGUAGGCUGAUGUGGUGGAGAAAAUGGCUAGGGCAACUAGUUUCUUUCCAGUAACCAAUAGCUACUAGUUCUUGACCGCCCUAUGUUCACUCUCGGGUCGGUGGACGGGUACAAGAAACAUAGUAACAGGGCGAAAGGUGAUAGAAUUUUCAUUCCCUACUUGCAUUUUGUAUCUUUUAAAAAGGCAUUUAAUUACCCGGAACACGUUGGAUUCGCCAUUGGAAAAGCCGACAGUCCAAAGGUCGUCGUCCUCGAAAUCCAUUAUGACAAUCCUCGGAAUUUGGAAGGUAAUGGAAACUUACAUGUAUUUAAUUUAAUUAAGUCAUCCCUGGUGAAAACUUCUUCUUAUGCCAAUCCCGUACGCUACUUUAUUUGUCGAAAAUAGCCUUGCUAAAAGAUGUUCUUUCAAGGGCUCUCAAUAGUCGGUUACUACUCACAAGACACUUUGGUCUUAACAGACAAUGUGGUCUACUUACUUAAUUAUCCAUUAAUCACUCAUGGUCAGUUUGACGAUAAUGGCAACAAUGACUGGCACGCAAUUGGCGCCCGCACAUUUUCAUACAACAAAGUUGCAAAUGACAGGGCCUGUCAGAGUUUUGUGAGACAUUAUUUGGUUUCUUGGAGCUCAGUGGCGGGUUGGAAAUGGGUGGAACGGCGGGGACGGGGGUUGGGUGGGCUGGGGCGCUGGAACCCAGUUUUACGGUGUCACUAAAUAUAACUGACGUAAAACGACAAGAGUUGGAGUUCAUGUCUGUCCCUUAUGGAUAAAGAAAAUACCUUUUUAUGCACUCAAUAUUUUAAUUAGGGAACCGUUUACACACGUUUACAAGCAGCAGGGGAAGCGAAAACAUUGGUUUAUCGUAAAUCUUUUGACUCUUUUGACUUAAGGAAGCCGAAGCAUUUCCUUGAUGGGAAAUGAAUCCUAGACUGUAGUUUAAUGUUUACAUUUCCCAGAAGAUCUCAAGUCUGGUAACUGUUUUUUUUUCUUCAGGAAUGAUUGACAGUUCUGGGCUGCGGUUUCACUACACCAAACAGUUACGAAAAUACGAGGCGGGAGUACUGCUGGUUGGAGCGGAAGUAAACUGGGCAAUGUCAAUUCCGCCAAAGCAGACAGACUGGAAAAUAAACGGCUUUUGUAGCCCAGAUUGCACUCAAAAGGUACCGCGAUCUACCUAUAUUUGAUCUCCUAAUUUGGAGCUGCUUGUUUUUAUAUCUGGAAUUAUCGCUUCCAUUGAGCUAUUUUGAGAAACGUUUGGCAUUAAAACCCGGUUAACCUUGGCCAACUUAUCUUCAUAGUUCACUAGAAUAUGAAAAAUGCAUAAACUAUCAUUAAAAGCGCAGUCUUGAAUGAAAAAGGGCUGUAGUUUCAGGCCGUCACUAUAAAAAUAUCAGCUCUGACGUUAUUAAAAGACGCUUUCACCAGAUUCUAAAUCGAAUAUUUGGAGAUGGCAGUUCAAUAAGAGCCCCACGAAAACAAGAUUGGCACACAAGUUUGCAUGAUUUUCGUACAUAAAACGUGGUAAAUCAUCUUCUGUUUGUAUAGGACACAAACAUACUUCAAUUGGUUGUUUUCUAGAGAUGUUUCUCGUAAGAAAACGGUGGAGGAGAAAAAUGACAUCGUCUUUAAACUGUUGGUGAAAGCAAAUUAAGCGAUUUUGUUCUUGGCGGCCAAUGAAGGGUUCUUCAGUAGUUAACCAAGACCAAUGUCUGAUAAUCAUAUAUUUAAAAAUCUUUUUAAGGGACUGAAAAAAAGCAAGUUACCUGAGGGGGGAAUCAACGUCUUUUCGGCGUUACUACAUACACAUCUAGCCGGUAAGUCUUUUAAAAACGAGAAGCAUGGUGUGCCAUUUGAGAAGUCGAAAAAGUCCAUAUUUAUCUAAAGAAACUUGAAAUACAGUAUGCUUGAUUAAGUUAACCCAGUAAUGCUCAAAUGUAAACCAGUCGAAAAUGGAUCCGAAGAUCAGUUUGAUCGUAACUGAUGAUUUCCGAAAGAAUUAUUUGAAGCUCCCGAGUGUAUAUAAAUUGUUAUUGCGUAAUAUCAAAUAGGAUUCUAGCGAUCGCCGUUAAAGGAACCAACCUCGAAAAUAAUCGUCAACAACUUUUCUGUUUUCUCCCUUUCGUUUUCUUACCGAUUGGCAGCUUCUGCUAAAAUUUGCGAAAGAGAUGCGCUCAUGAAUUGCUGAGUGUUGAAUACAUAUAUUAUUUGCUUCUAUUUGACGUAGAUAAUAAGUUUGGUCAUUAAGGGGCUGACUAUUUGACUUCUUAGGUGGGUAAGAAUUUUUUUCCGAAAAGGCUCAGGUGAUAUAUUUACUUUUUCCUGUUUAGUACAACGGUGAAAGAUUUUUUUCCAGCGUUCUACUCAAUGAAAAACUUUGUUUUUCAAGUAUAGGAAUUUCUUUUCGCCAGGUAUUUUCUUGCAAGAUUAUUUUUCCCUCGAAAUCAGUCUACAGGAUAUUUUUUUUCAUUUGAAAUCACCCAUAUCGCCCCCCCCUUCAAAAGUCAAAUGUUCAGCCCCUGAAUGCUUUAUUAUUUUCAAGGGCGUAAAGCAUUACUUCGACACAUGAGAGGUGGCGUGGAACUUCCUGAAAUUGUGAGAGAUGAUAAUUAUGACUUCAACUUUCAGGUGAGUUUCACAGGAAAUUGAGCUCAGUUUAAAUGAAUAAAUAAAUAAAUAAAUAUAAAUAAAUAAAUAUCCAAAUUAAUUCUGAAAUGUACGUGUCAGUCGGAAGCCGGCGUUGUUAACUAAUGUUGAAGAUAAAAGGAAAAGAACUUAGCCCUUCGGUGUCUUUGUGGUGCCGAAGGCUGGUGGGUGAUGCAAACCAAAUCCAAUAAACUGCUUUCUUAUGCACACGCAUGAGCUUAUGUUGACCAAAAACCACAUAGCAAGCAAACACUGUAGAACACAUCAACUUACCCACAACAUUAACAGCGUUUAAUUCAUUGAAAUUAGCCACGUGAACCAACUUGAUGACAGGGGAUGAAACAGGGAUUGCGUCUCAAUUAAUAUCAACCCCUUCAAUCAUUACCCACCCACCCCAUGAAAGAUAGUGACCUCACCACCUACCAAUCUACGUCCCCUGCUCACUACCCGGGAGGGGGGGGGGGGGGGGUACUUCCAGAAAAAAAAAAAUGGGUGGAGGUGUGCGACAAGCUUCCUGAAACCCUUACCCUAUUUCAGACCAAAAUCUGUGGUUUUCCCUACCCUAUUUCAGACCUGAUCAAAAAUUUGAUACUCUAUUUCAGACCUGCCCCUUAAAUCAAUACCCUUUUUCAGACCUGCCUUAUAAUCAGUUCCCUUGGUCACACCGAUGUUAAAGGCAAUGUUUAUACGCUUUUAUCAAGUAGGAUACUUAACUGUUUAAUUUAUUAAGCGUUUUAUUAUUUUUAACAGGAAUAUCAAGUUUUGAAUAAGGAGAUCUUUGUUGCUCCGGUGAGAAAUUAUACUGGGUGUAAUUCUUGUGCUUGCAGGUUUUGUAUCUUGGCCCAUUAGUCAUAGACUAUUCCCGCCUCUUUACCUCGGAGGCUUCAAGAUUUAAAUUGAAAUUUCUAUGCAUAUGACUUACUAUUUUAAUACUGUUUGAUUUCUGAGGUAUUUUUUAAUAAAUGUUUUCUCAAAUUAAACCUCCAUUUCAGAGUGAGAUACAAUAUUGAUAUUCACAUACGUGUAAACAGCAUCUUAUUUUAUCCUUGCUCGUUCAUCUUUUCUCUUAUAGGGUGACGCCUUAAUAAACGUCUGUGGUUAUGACACCAACGAUCGGUCUUCGGCGACCAUUGUAAGUUAAUUAUAAAACAGUACAGGUUUUAACGGUUUAUGGAGACAUCCCAGAACACUACGCCAGAAAGGGGAAAGCAUCCUGCGGCCGUCAUCCAGACCCUGAGAUAAGUGGGGCCCGGUCUCCCUUCGGGCCUCAGUUUGGUCUUAAAAUCAACCCAGUUUGAUUACAGUUGAAGUUCUUCAUGUGACUUUCGCGAUUCGUUGGCCGGCUAAAAUAUAAUGCUAGUCAACUCUUAUACUUUUGACCAUUCGUUUUUUUUUUUCGCUAUCUACAGUAUGUAUUACCUCCUUGUCAUCCGACAUAGAGUAGUUGACAGUCAGGCAUUUUUUAUGCGGUCCAGUUGUGAUCAUUCUUAGAUCCACUUUUAUAAUCAACCAGUUCUAUGCUUUUAGUUCUUACCUUACCACGGUCUUCUAUGUUAAACUCCUCUUAAUUGCUUCAAACGAAAAAUGAACGGGACAAAAAUCAUUGAUUAUCUUAUUAAUCUUUCACCGGUCCUUUUUGAUUCGCUCUUUUCUCCGUUUUUUUUCUAGGGAGGUCUUUCUACUUUGGAUGAAAUGUGCAUAACGUUUGUUAUGUAUUACCCCAAAGUCAACUUGACAAAGUGCACCUCAAGUGAAUGGCCAGCGUAUUCGAGCUGGACUGGAAAAUAUGUCAAGUAUGUAUUACUGAAAUAGCUGACAGAAGUUUUAAAUUAUUAAAAUGGACUUAAGUAGUGUGGUCCUUUAAUUGCAAAUCACUAGCAGAGGCAAGUGUUGACAGAUUUUUAUCGAUAGGUGCAGCCUGGAACACAUAGGCUCUUGGUGCUGGGCUUCAUCUCCGAGUUCAGUGUAGCUGGCCAUUUCCGAGUUCCAAAAGCACUCACUUUUUUUUUAAUUGAGGCCAAGAGCAGAAAAUUUCAUAUGAAAGCAAGUUUUGUUGGGAACGAGGCUGUGUAUGAACAACUUAUUGUACUUGCUUCAAGUAUGCACCUGUCUCAGAAUAAAUGAAUGGCAUAUCAAAUGAACUGAUUAUUUUUUGCUCAGAGAGGAUUUAUCCGCUCCAAUUUGAUGUAUCAUGAUUCGCGAGAUCUCAGAUCACUGAUCCUGAUUGGGAUCAUUACGAAGAAACGAACUCACUAUGAGAUUUUGUAAACCCUCGACGGUAAUUAAAUGAAAAUCUGUUUGAUGAGAAAAGUUAAAACACUUUCUUACAGUACAUGAGCUUUAAGAGCAACUCUCUUGAAUUUAUGUAGACUGACAAAUUUACAUGUAUUCGCUCCACUCUUCAUCGUGCAAUUCGAUGGUUUAAGUUUAACGUAUGACUAGCAUCAACAGCACUUAUUUUAUAAGAGAGCUAGUCUGCCGUGGAUUUCAAAAAACUUGAUUAUAUUAAUUUAUGUCUUCACGGUAUUUAAUUCGUGUCAUUAUUUGCCGUCUUAUUUCAGAAAUGAGGGUGAAACACGAGAGCCAGGUUUUUGGACAGAUACUGUCAACGAGGGAUUAGCGAAAGCUUACAAGGAUAGUGACCAAGUUAACAUCGUUUGUAAAAGCCGCGGCAUGCGUCAGGUAAUUUUUCUCAGUUAUCUCAGUUUCUCAGUUAAUUUGUCUCUCUUUCCCAUCCUUUCUGUUCAUCUGUUGACAGCAGCCAAACUCUUGUUUCUCCCUCCUGUCUUAACCCUGGGACGUCAUACAGGUUUUUCUACUCCUAGACGAUAAAACAUCAGCACCUGAAGUUUUUUGUACUGUUUGUUUAACCCCGCACGCAUUUUAAGACUAGUCGGGUACUAUGGUUACGAGAUAUGACGUUAUAAGUACCAGGUGGUCAAGCCAUUUUUGAGUAAAAAUGCAUGUUUUUCCAACUUUUUCCAAUAAUAAAAGUGAAAGUUGUGGAUUAAUUAAUGCAAAGUAAUUAUUUAUGUGUUAUUUUACAAGUUAAGCGCAAAAAAGUAUUAAUUCCCAAUGUUUGUACUUGAUUUCUAAUUCUUUAUAAAAUCCAAGAUGGCAGCCAAGAUGACGACCAUGUUUCGUGACGUCACAGACCUCCAGCAGCGCCACCACCCAUAAAAUAUACCUCAUUUUGUAGAGAAGAUGAAAGGCUUUCCACUGAAGGCAAAAUCGUUUCGAAAUACUGCAACAUAUCAAAAACUCAAGGGGGGGAUAGUCUAUCAACCCGUCCCCCUUGUACCACAUGGUGGGGGUAUGUGUGCGUGUACGUUCGAGGCCAGUAAGCGAACGUAUAUAAAUCGAGCUGAUGUCUCUGACCCGCCUUGUUUUAAACUAUAUCAGUGAGGUUAUAAAACCAUCACGAGAACAGCAGUGAAAACAAGCACGCCAAGAAAAUCCUUGUUGUCGUGAGAAGCCACACAUCAUAGUUUGUAAAAAAAGCAAAACACAAACAAACAAUUAAACAAAACAAAAUAGAUGGGCUAAGGGCAAAGUGGAGGUCAGUGUAUAUUCCAGGCAGUCAAUGGAAAAGACUCGUUGCUAAAUAAAUCUAAUAAAAAAUAGAAUUUUUUACCUGAUCAAUAUUCGUCUCCGUGUUUCAGAGCGAUUUGGUCAAACCCAAGCCCGUGAUCAUGACACCUUACCAACCAGAAUCUAGCUGCAAAGUGGUAGGAUCCGUUGGCAACAAAGCAGUUUUUCCUGUUCACCUUGGUCUCUUUAUUACAGCCAUAUCCCUGCUUGCACUGACAGCCUGAGGACCGUCUGCAUGUGUUGCUGUUCUAUAGUUAAUGUAGGCUUGUUACACGUUUUUAAAACUUCUCUUCCCAAAGAUCGGCCUAUUGUUGAAAUAUCUAAAUUAAACGUUUCAUUGCUUGUUAAUGUUGUCAACGGCUGACACAUAAAUUAAAAAAAAAACGCUUGUAAUAAAAAUGCUCUUCGUGAACUGGGAGUUUUUAUUUUCAUCAAGGUGGGUUUGAAGUUCGGG